AUGUAUGUAUAUUAUAGCAAUAUGAAGCAACCAUGCAUUGAUAGUACCUUUUACAUCUUGCUUAUUGGGGUUGCUGCUACACAAAAUACUCUUGCCUGGACGACUUUACCCUCCACCAGCAAGAACCUUCCUCAUCGUUGCGCCCAAUCCCAACGAUGGAGCUACAACAAGAAUCCAGACGACAACAAUGAAAUGGACGAGGCAGAUUUAAAUAUCUUUUCCAUGGGUGAUUUAUUUCGAGAUGGUAGUUUUGAUCCUGAUGGUAGUUUCGAUGCGGAUGAUUUUCAAGACAUUGCGUCGUCGUUGUCGUCGUCGUCGUCGUCGUCGUCGUCGUCGUCGUCCAAUAAUCUUGACGACAACAACAACAACAACGAAAUGGACGAGGCAAAUUUAAACCUCUUUUCCAUGGGCGAUUUGUUUACAGAUUUCAAUGAUGAUGCUGCUGAUGCUACUACUGCUACUACUGCUACUAGUAGUACUACUACUAGUUUUGAUGAAGAAACAAUGUCGUCUCUGUCAUCGUCAUUGUCGUCCAGUACGAAUACGAAUCCUUAUAAUGCCAACAACAACAACAACAACAACAACAACAACAACAACAACAACAACAACAACAACAACAACAACAACAACAACAACAACAACAAUGAUGAUGACAUAGUGGACAUAGUGGACAAUCCAGGAUCCCUGCAGCGACUGGCCCGAGGAUCGGACAAUACCGUGUGGGCCAAUUCCAUCAACCUGAGGAAGGAGCGAUCUUCGUAUGGUCAACUUGACGCCGAAACUCUGGCCAAGAUGCAAGAAAUUGCCGAACAAGAAGAAGCCAUGAAAGAAAAGACGAAUAAUGAUGGCAACAACAACAACAGCAACAACAACAAUUACAACAACAAGAAUGAUUACGAAUCAUCAGCAUCAGCAUCAGCAUUGCAACAACAAGACGAAGUGCGGAAUGCUGAAUUGGAGGAAAUCAUGGGAGAAGAUUAUCAAGAUCUUUCCUUCUUUUUAAGUGAAGACGAUUACAUGAGAGCUUCCAGGUCCAUCAAAGCGGAUGGUUCCCUGCCCGAGUACAUUUUUGAAGAAUCUACUAUUGAUGAUAUUUUUGGUAAUACUAGUAAGGAGACGAAGAAGCAGCAGCAGCAGCAGCCUGCUGCUGCUAGACCCAAUAAUAUGGCAAACUCAAGAGCAAACGGAGCACUAUCGUCAAACGCAAAAUUUGAUAAUGAUGACGACGACGACGACGAUGACGACGAAACGAGCAUGCGCGAAUUGAUGAACAUGCUGAAACAAAAAGAAUCGAUACCCGAAACAGAUGACAAAUUGCAAGCCAAGGAGAUUCGAGAUCGAGUCUUUAGUCAAGAAGAAACCUUUGCCAGUCAGCACGUCGAUUCAGACGAAUACAAAUUGUACGAAGAAGCCAUUACCACUGGACUACUGAACAAGGACCAAGGUGGUGAUGGUGGUGGUGGAGACGAGGUAGAUCAGGCAUUGGAAGGGCUCCAAGAAAUGAUCAAUCAAAAGUACAGCACUGGUCGCGACGCACAACCACAGCAACUACCUGCAAAGAGUGAGGAUGAUUACAUUAGUACUAGUGCUACUACUACUACUACUACUAGUAGUAGUAGUAGUAGUACUACUACUACUGAGGGAAAUCUGGAGGAGGAUGGUGAGGAGGAGGACGAGGCAUCAUCUUUGUCAUGA